GUUGCGGCGGCCGCCACAGCUGCGGGGAGGGGGAUGGCGACGUCGGGAGGCUCAAUGGCAGCAGUGGCAACGAGGAGUGUGCAGGGGGAAAGCUAUGGUGCUCUUGAGCGCUCACGCCCUCCUCGGUGGCAGCCAGGAAGACAACAACAGGUGCGAUCGCAGGCGCAUGUCGCUUACCAGGCCAGCGUGCUGGGCUGGCAGUUUGACUUUGAGACGCCAGAGUCCUGGCUUGAGACACAGGCGAUCCCAGACCUGCGCGAGCAGCUGAUGGAGGACGGUUUCCUGCAGAUCAACGGCGUUCUUACGCCGCGCGAGCUGAAGCUGUACAAGCGCCUGUACAAGGCGUUCCUCAACGGCACCAUCGACAGCGAGCUGCAUCGGCACGAUCUUGGGUCUCAUCAGCCCGCACAGACAAACGAGCACGAAAACGUCAUGCAGAUUAUGUGGCCCAGCGACUACGUCAAGCACCUCGCCCAAGGUGCAAUUCACUCCCGGACAGCACUUCUGGCGCGUGUGCUUGUUGGUGAUGAGAUGACAUUCGACUUUGACAUGCUCAUCGCCAAGGGACCGCACACCAACACUGCCGUGCCAUGGCACCAGGACCAGGCGUACUGGCCUGACCUCCCAGAUACCCGCGCCCUCUCAUUCUGGGUGGCCAUCGACGAGGCGACACCAAGCAACGGUUGCAUGCAGUUUGUCCCUGGAAGCCAUCUUGCUCCUCUGCAUCCACACGUGCCUGCAAGCGAGGGACAUCACGUCCUCUCCACAACACAGGACAUUGAUGAUAGCAAACGUUGUGUGAUUCCGUUGCCUGCAGGCUCGUGCACGGCCCACUUUGGGAACACAUUGCACGGGACGGGCGGCAACACAACGGAUGCUUGGCGUCGUGCCUUCAUCGUCAACUACAGGCCGUGGGCCAUGGUGCAGUUUAUGCGGCAGCGCGGCUUUGAUCACGGCCGUGCAGGCGUCAACAGCGCCGGCGAGAGCAGAGAGCACGGCCAAGUGGUGUGACGACGACACCCGACACACCUCCGGUGGCAGCAUUGCCCAUCCACUAUUCUCCGUCUCCGAACCACUGCCGCAACGGCUGCUCUGGCCAAGCAGUGUCAUGCACGGCGAUGGCGCCGCGUUGCAGGCCUGCCGUUGUGCGCUUUCCCAUUCUGUUCAUAGUCAGCCACACUCGUGGUGUGCCACAACAUCCCUCACAUCACACGAACAAGUCAGCACGUGUCCAUUCACCACUCUGUUUUGCUAAUUGGGUUUCUGUCAGGGGUCGCACUCAAAAUAAACAAACAGC